AAAAAAUCUUGUAUGGGCCUAACAUAAUUUUCAAAAAAGAUUUCAGUUCGAGACUAAAAUUCACAUCAACUUAAACAAAAUUGGACUAUAACAAUUGAAUCAUCCAAAUGUCUUUUCAUUAAAACUAAAAGAACAAAUUAGCGAAAUUGAAAAUUUUGACUGAAUUAUCGUCUAAAUUUUUAAAGAACAAACUGCUGGAUAUAUAUUAAGCCACAUAUAAAUACAACUGAUGCAGUAAAAGUACAACGAAAUGUCGGAGACAGGAUGUAAACAUUUUCAACAAUUUGUCAAAGAGCAUGGUUUAGACACAUACAGAAUAAUAGAUGCAUACUUUUCCGCUUGCAUAAAUAGAGACGCGAGAGAAAAAAAGGCUUUAACUUGUUGCUGCUUCGAAUGUGGCAGUUUUGGUAUACAGAUUUUGGCCUGUCUCCAUUGCAUAUACUUUGCUUGUCGCGGUUCACAUAUAAAUUCUCAUCUACGUGCAAAGAAACAUUCAAUAGCUUUGGAGCUUUCCCACGGCACAUUAUUUUGCAGUUCAUGUCGUGAUUUUAUAUAUGAUGCAAGAUGUCGAGAAAUCGCUUCAAUUAACAGAAAAUUAGAGACAAAGGAUUUGCAAAAGAGUCUUAGCUGGACACCAUGGAUACCAACACCAAAAGAAACGAAUCUAAUGUUGGCCAAUCCAAGGCGUAGACAUGUUAGAGCUAAUGAAACUGUUGGCUUAAGGGGACUUAUCAACUUAGGGUCUACGUGUUUCAUGAAUUGCAUUGUACAGGCUUUAAUACACACUCCUUUGUUAAGUGAUUACUUUCUAUCCGAUCGUCACGAAUGUAAUGCAAAAUCAUCCCUGAAGUGUUUAGUUUGUGAAGUAUCGAGACUUUUUCAGGAAUUUUAUUCUGGUUCGCGAUCGCCUUUAUCAUUACAUCGCUUAUUGCAUUUAAUAUGGAAUCACGCCAAACAUUUGGCAGGCUACGAACAACAAGAUGCGCAUGAAUUCUUUAUAGCAACAUUGGACGUCUUACAUAGACAUUGUUUAAAAGCAAAAUCUGAGUCUGAGAGUGCAAACAAAUCAACCUCGUCCACAACACAUACGAAUUGUCUAACACAGUGUAACUGUAUAAUAGAUCAAAUUUUUACUGGCAUGUUGCAAAGUGAUGUAGUUUGCCAAUCUUGCAAUGGAGUAUCAACAACCAUCGACCCAUUUUGGGAUAUUUCCUUAGAUUUGGGUGAAACGGCACAUGGUGGUGCCACACCAAAGUCUCUGAUUGAUUGUUUAGAACGUUAUACCCGCGCAGAACACUUAGGGUCAAGUGCAAAGAUAAAGUGUUCAACAUGUAAAUCUUAUCAAGAGUCAACUAAGCAGUUUAGCUUGCGUACGUUACCCAGUGUGGCUAGUUUUCAUUUAAAACGCUUCGAACAUUCGUCACUCAUAGAUAAGAAAAUUUCUACCUUCAUAUCAUUUCCCGUGGAAUUUGAUAUGACUCCAUUUAUGUCCGAUAAAAAUAAUGCCUAUGGUGAUUUUCGUUAUUCGUUGUAUGCGGUGGUAAAUCAUGUUGGAACUAUCGAUGCCGGUCAUUAUACCGCUUAUGUCAGACAUCACAAGGAUACAUGGGUUAAAUGUGACGACCAUAUAAUAACCACAGCAACUCUAAAACAGGUCUUAGACAGUGAAGGCUAUUUGCUGUUUUAUCAUAAAAAUAUUUUGGAGUAUGAAUAGAUUGGUGACUGACUCCAAUGAAAUUUAAAAUCUGAAAAAUAAUUUUAUAUCAUUUUUUUACUGCUUUGUUACAAACUAAUUAUGAAAAUAAAAACCAUGAUAAGAAAUAUUA